ACUCAAAAUAAUGACACAUCUUUCGCUGCUGUGGCUCCCUUCACUGACUUGCAAACAAACGCUGUAUGAAGCAUCGUCAGGUUUCUGAGACGAGCACGGUGUCGACUCUCGCACUCAUUAUCUCUGUGGAAGAGCUGCGAGUGGCUGUGCGUCUCUGAGCCGAUGGGCUACGGCAGGAUUUUCUCAGCGCCGCUUGUUUUGAAGUUAAUUUGACGAACUUUCCGAAGAGAAGCGACGUUCAAUAUGAAAUGUAACGUUAAAAAAAUGCGCGGUUAUGAUUUAAUUUAGACUCACUUGCCUCUUAGUCCUGCUCGCUGUGAGAGACAAAGAGAAGCCCUCGGUCCUUCUGCUGCGCUUGUGGAUGGAUAUAUGAGCACUUGGGCGGUAGUCUACGGGCUCGUAGUCACUGUGGCUGGCAGGCACAAGUUGGGGGGCACCGAAAGGAGUUUGUAAGACUUACCAAUGUGAAGAACACUUCAGAACCAAGGACAGAUCCAAACCGAUGCCUGGCAAAGAUGCCCAAAGUGAACAACAUCUGGAAUCUGCUCGUCACAUGAAGCUCUUCACGUUUCUAACGUACUGAAGCUCGGCUUGCGCAAAGAAACCCUUCAAAUCCAUUCGGGAAGAAACACCUAGUGCUACUAACAGGAAAGAUGCUGCACUCACUGACAGAGGACUUGAAAGACAUCUGCCUCCAAAUUGUGUGAACCUCUUCUGCUCUCCACUUCAACCUGCUAAAUCAAGCUACCUGGUCCUGCCAUGCUGAGUGCAGUGCUCUGCCCCAAGUCGCAGGCCAAUUCUGCACAUUACUGGCCUCUCCAUGUGUUCCUUCUCGAGCUGCUGAUACCAGGAGUCCUGCCUAGUAUUUCCAGACUGCCCCCUUCAACCAAACGUGAGAUCAUCGUCGAUGGGGACUUGGUGAUUGGAGGCCUGUUCCCGGUGCACGAAAAAGGCGAUGGAAUGGAAGACUGUGGUAAGAUCAACGAGGGGAGAGGGAUCCAGAGACUGGAAGCCAUGCUGCUGGCACUUGAUGAGAUUAACUCCAGCGAUCGCAUCCUUCCUGGUCUCCAGCUGGGGGCUCACAUCCUGGACACCUGCUCGAAAGACACUUAUGCUCUGGAGCAGUCGCUAGAUUUUGUAAGAGCAUCCCUAACUAAGGUGCACGACCCAGGUUUCAUCUGCCCAGACGGCUCGAGACCAAUUCAAAAUGAGGUUCCACUGGCCAUCUCAGGGGUUAUCGGAGGAUCUUACAGUGAUGUUUCAAUUCAGGUGGCUAACCUCCUGCGACUGUUCCAGAUCCCUCAGAUCAGCUAUGCCUCUACUAGUGCAAAGCUCAGUGAUAAAACCCGCUAUGACUACUUCGCUCGCACCGUGCCCCCUGACUUCUACCAAGCUAAAGCAAUGGCUGAGAUUCUGCGUUACUUUAACUGGACAUACGUGUCAACAGUAGCAUCAGAGGGUGACUAUGGUGAAACAGGCAUUGACGCCUUCCAGCAGGAGGCCCGCUCUCGCCAAAUCUGCAUUGCCACUUCAGCCAAAGUGAGUCGUUCCAUGAACCGCCAGGGCUAUGAGAAUGUGAUCCGCUCCUUGCAACAAAAGUCUAACGCAAAGGUUGUCAUCCUGUUCACGCGCAGUGAGGACGCUCGCGAGCUCCUUGUGGCUGCUGCCAGAAUGAAUGUCACUUUCACUUGGGUGGCCAGUGAUGGGUGGGGAGCACAGGAGGGUUUGGUGAGGGGCAGCGAGACUGCAGCAGAUGGAGCUUUCACCAUUGAACUAGCCUCCUAUCCUGUCAGAGAGUUUGAAGACUACUUUACCAAACUGAACCCAUCGACCAAUAUGAGGAACCCGUGGUUCAGGGAGUUCUGGGAACACCGGUUUGACUGCAACCUACAGGAGCCUGGCUGUGCUGACUACAGCUUACGAGAUGGAACUUUCGAACAGGAAUCCAAAAUCAUGUUUGUGGUGAACGCAGUCUAUGCGAUGGCCUAUGCCCUGCACAACAUGAGGCAAGCAGUGUGCUCCAACACAUCUAAGGUCUGCGAUGCUAUGAAACCAGGUAAUGGCAAAAGGUUCUACAAGGAGUUCAUCUUGAAGACCAAAUUUGAAGCACCAUUCAAACCUGCAGACACAGAGAACAUGGUGCGCUUUGAUUCAGUUGGUGAUGGCAUAAGCCGCUACAACAUCUUUCAUUACCACAAAGACGAGGGGAAGUUCGUCUACAAGAAAGUUGGUUACUGGGACCAGAACCUGACCUUGAAUACCACCAUGGUGCACUGGCGUGGUGAUGUGCCACCAACCUCCCAAUGUAGUGACCCUUGCAGGAAGAAUGAAGUGAAGAGCAUGCAGCCUGGUGAUGUGUGCUGCUGGAUCUGUAUUCCCUGUCAGUCCUACCAGUACCUGCAGGAUGAGUUCACCUGUGCUGACUGUAGUUUCGGUCAGUGGCCUCUGGCUAACUUGACUGGCUGCUAUGAUCUGCCUGAAGAAUACAUCCGGUGGGAGGAUGCCUGGGCUAUUGGGCCUGUUACCAUUUCUUGCCUUGGCAUACUGUGUACCCUGUCAGUAGUAGGCGUAUUCUUCAAGCACAAUGAAACACCGGUGGUUAAAGCAAGUGGACGUGAGCUCUCCUACAUCCUGUUGUUGGGAGUGCUGAUGUGCUACAGCAUGACCUUUAUCUACAUCACCAAGCCUUCCACAGCUGUUUGCACCCUACGCCGUCUAGGCCUGGGGACCUCCUUCGCAGUAUGUUACUCAGCUCUCCUAACCAAGACAAACCGCAUCGCUCGCAUCUUCAGUGGGGUAAAGGAUGGAGCGCAGCGGCCACGUUUCAUCAGCCCGGCCUCCCAGGUAGCAAUCUGUGGUGCUCUUAUCUCCUGCCAGCUUCUAGUGGCUGUUAUCUGGCUGCUUGUGGAGGUGCCAGGGGUUCGAAAGGAGGUGAGCCCAGAGAGGAGAAACAUUGUUACGCUCAAGUGCAACAGUAGGGACACCAGCAUGCUCAUCUCUCUCACCUACAAUUGCAUUCUCAUCAUCCUCUGCACCGUCUACGCUUUCAAGACAAGAAAGUGUCCCGAAAACUUCAACGAGGCCAAGUUCAUUGGGUUCACCAUGUACACCACCUGCAUCAUCUGGCUCGCCUUUCAGCCUAUCUUCUACGUCACAGCCAGUGACUACAGGGUACAGACCACCACCAUGUGCAUCUCCGUCAGUCUGAGUGGCUCCGUGGUUCUCGGGUGCCUCUUCGCCCCAAAGGUCCACAUCAUCCUUUUUCAGCCCCAGAAAAAUGUGGCCACACUAAGAGUCACAGCCAACCGCUUCAGUACCACAGUUUCUACGUCUGCCUCUGCCCCCAGCUCCAGCUUCUCAAAAGGAUCAGCCUCCAACUAUGUGCCAGCAGUUUGCAACGGGCGAGAAGUGGUGGACUCCACAACAUCCUCUUUGUGAAAAACAUUCCUCUCUAAGCAGAAGCAACCAUCCUGUCAUCAAUCAUCCUUCCAUCCAACAGAGCUGUGUAUGACAAAGCCCCCAUGGCAUCUAACAUGUUGCAGAGAGAUAACUAGACUGACAGUGGCAAUGGUAACUCUAACUGUGAAAGCGUAACGAUGUUCUUACAGUGAGCAGUAUGUAUCAACUGUAAAGCCUUUUUUUUGUAUAGAUUUAAUAUGCUGUGAUCUCCUUGGUUUACAGAUAGAUGUGAUUAAAUGCACCGUGCCUUGUCCUAAAGAGUCUUGUUGUCAAAUGGGUGGUUGUGAAGCAAUAGUGUUAUACAAAAACAAAAGGCUGUUCUUAUUGUGUUCUUACAGUGCUGUGAAUAUAUCCAGAUGUUUAGACAUUGACAAAAAAAAUGCUUUGAGAUAAAGUUAGCCCUUCUGUUAAGCAAAAUGUGUGACUAACUAUAGUAAAUGUGAUGAAAACUAGGCAACUAGACAACGUAAAGGACGUGUGUUAAUGUAGACUGGUAUAGCAGUGCGUGCUUACUUGUAAUUUAUGUAAAUAAAAUGUUCUUUUUUAAUAUUAAAA